CAAGUCGGUUCACAGCUUUACAUCCUCAAACAUCAGCAGCAUCUACAACCAACGUACCAAAGAUGGCCAAGUACAUCACAGACCUGGAUGUGUCUCUGAAUGCAGCUGAGGAGCAGGAGCUUGCAGCUCGAGGUUUCAGCAAAAUCAACGUUGACCUGAACCUUGGAGCUGGAGGAAACAAGAUCUUCCUCUGGUACAUGAAAGGAGACAUCGGCGCCGUCACCCAGGUUCAGUUCACCUUCAGUGAUUCCAUGGCUGUGGGGCUGACCGGAGCAGGAUUUCAGAAGAUUCCCAAAAAUCUAAAUGAAGGAGCUUUUGGGAAUGACAUCUAUAUUUGGUUCAUCAGAGGUUCCACCAAUGUUCCUAUAGUAGAGAUGGAUGUCACCACAAGGCCAGAUGAUGAGGCCAGGAAGAUCACCCUGGGCUGGGAAAGAUCGGCCUGCGACCUGAAUCGAUACGCCACCGGAUACCGAAUCCACGCCUGGGUGAAGAGGGAGAGUAAGACCUACAUCUCUGAGGUCACUGCCACUGAUUCCUUUGGCUUGGAUGCUGAACUUUUCAAGAAAGGCUACAUCCGUAUUGAUGAAAAUGUGAACAGGGAAACGCUUGGAAGCCCCGUGUUCAUCUGGUUCUACCUGACCACCGACCCCAAACAAGCCCUCAACAGUCUGGGAAUCUCCACCAAUAAUGAUGAGUAUCAGAGCCUCCAGCAGCAGGAAUACACCCCAGUGAGCGUCAACCUGAAUGAGGGUAACGGUGGCAACCUGGUGUACCUGUGGUUUAAGAAGGACAAGGUCAAUCGUCCAAUUCAGGCCGUCAGUGUGCUGGUCAACACAGCUGUGGAUCCGUUCAAGAAGGCCGGAGUUCAGGUCAUCGAAAGAAACCUCAACUCAGGCACUUUUGGGGCCAUCGUGUACCUGUGUUACUACCCAUGAAGACCAGGGUGACCUCUGACACAUCAAACAUGUGACCAGAUGAUUUCUGUGUCACUUUACAAUUAGUUUAAUCGUCAAAAGUUAAUCUAUAACUCUGAUCAACAUUAUCACCAAAUCUAUGGAGGGUUCAUGUAAAAUCAGUCAAAACUACUGUUAACCUUCUUUAUAUGAAAUGUGAACGAUUUUACACUGUGAUUUACUGCCUUUAAAUAAAUUUUACUUGCAUCCAAA